AUGGAGAUGUCUUUCUGGAUCAAGGACUGUGGCUUCCAGCCCAGGAGGUUUCCAUGGCAACUGAAAGAGGAACCAGGAUACCAAGGGGGACAGCGCAAGCUCCAGCGCAUCAUCGGGGGUCACAUCGUGGGGCCGCAUUCUGCCAAGUACCUGGUGUCGCUGAAGAGGAUGACAGGCUCCCACUUCUGUGGCGGGUCUCUGGUUAGUCGGAGCUGGGUCCUGACGGCUGCUCACUGCAAGACCGAAAUAAACCAGAUGCUAAUAGUAGCCGGUGAAUAUUCGCUCUCCACUUUCGAAGGCACAGAACAGAUUUUUCGGCCCUCCCGGAUGGUGGUUCACCCAGACUACAGCUCCACUACCAAAAAUGCAGACGUCAUGCUGAUUAAGCUGAACCGGCCGGUGGUCUAUAACGCCUUUGUUUCCAUUGUGCCACUUCCUCAGCAAGGCGCUACGGUGAAGGAAGGCCGCCUCUGCCAAGUCUCCGGCUGGGGGUACACCAGUCCCAUCGGCGGGAGGACAUCGGACACCCUACGCAGCGUGCGCCUCCCUAUCGUCCCCGCCUGGAAAUGCAACGCCUCGUCCUCCUAUGCAGGAUUCAUCACCAGCAACAUGAUUUGUGCCGGGCUCAGCACAGGGGGCAAAGACGCCUGCCAGGGGGACUCCGGUGGGCCGCUGGUGUGCGAGGGCCGAGUGUUCGGGAUCGUGUCCUGGGGGCACAGCUGUGCCAGCCCGCGGUAUCCAGGCGUCUACACGGCUGUAGCCAACUUCCAGAAGUGGAUCUACAAAACCAUCUUCAGACACCAGUAG